AAAUUUCUUGACCUGAGCACUUUUGGUUCAGAAACCAUCAAGUUGUUGGUGCUGCAUACAUAGUCUGUGAUGGGUUCGCGUCUUACCUUCAACCAAAAACCGAUGUUAUUACUACUACUCCUUCACUCAUUGUUCACCCUCACAAGGUCUCAAUCCACCACAUGCAGAACUUCUUGUGGCCACAUUCCCAUCGAAUACCCUUUUGGCAUUGACGACGGGUGUGGAAGCCCCUACUACAGAUACAUUCUGGUGUGUUCCGAGUCGGAAAAGCUCGAAGUCAGAACCCCUUCUGGGAGAUACCUUGUUCACAACGUUAGCUAUGCUGAUCCGCACAUUCUGGUCACUGAUCCAUUCAUGUGGAACUGUGAAGAUGGUGAAAACUAUCGCCCCACAAGGCCUUUCAGUUUGGACACCAGCACACGCUUCAAGCUUUCCCCUCAGAACGAGUACCUCUUCUUCAAUUGCAGUGAGGAUCACGUCAUCGUUAAGCCAAAGACAAUCUUCUGCGAGCGUUUUCCUGAACGCUGUGAUUCUUCCUGUGACAGUGGCAGCUACCUUUGCAGGCACAUGCCGGGGUGUUCCUUCGCUAUGAGUGGAAGUUCUUGCUGCUCUUAUUCUCCGAGAGCAACUGAGUCUUUGAGGCUCAUGCUCAAGUAUUGUACUAGUUAUACAAGUGUUCAUUGGAGAAACGUUGGGGCUCCUCAGCCUUAUGAUCAAAUUCCUGAAUAUGGAAUCAGAAUUGAUUUUGAUAUCCCUGUAACUACACGCUGCCUUCAGUGCCAGGAUCCUUCCAAAGGAGGUGGAACUUGCGGAUUUGACACUGAGACACAGGGUUUCAUGUGCCUAUGCAAACAAGGAAACUCCACUUCUCAUUGUAAAGAUUAUGAUGCUGCACGUCAUAGUAAAAGGGUUAAUGUGAUUGCAGGGACUGCUGCAGCUGUUUCGGCUGCAGGGGUAUUUGGAGUUGGAGCUGGUAUUUGGUACUUGAAGAAAGUGAGAGCUAAAGCACCAGUAACAUGUGGAGUUCAAAGCAACGAGAAUAGGCUUUUCUAAACAGAACCAAAUAACGUGAACUGCAUAAUCAAGGACUGUCUCUUCCUUUUGUUACUUUUUUCCCCUUAGCUAUUAAGGCUACUUAUUUAUACAACAUUACAUAGGCCUUUUUUGCUGGCAUCUUUAUAUGAUGUUGGGUUGUAUUUUAUAUCAACUUCAUUGAAAGAAAACGAUAUCGAGUUCAUUGAAUAAUAU